UAAAUCCACAGAACAGUCCAUCAAAAACGCUAAAAAAUGCGACAAUUACUCGAAAAUUUUGAUCACAGAGCACCCUACAGUGGAACCUCCGAACAAGGGACACUAUGGGGCCAAAGAUUUUGUCCCUUGUAGAGAGGUUGUCCCUAUUUCGGAGGUCAAAUAAUACACUAAAGUAUUAGCAUGGGGUUGAAACAAGUGUCCUUUGUAGAGA